AUGUCUCCCUCAAUCGAGAUUCCGCAGACUGUUGACUGGAUGGGCAAGAAGGUGCCCGUCUAUGACAUGCAGACCAUCGAUUUCUCUAAGCUCCUGUCCUCUGAGCCUGCUGAGCUUGAGAGACUUGUCAAGUGCUGCGUGGACGAGGGUUACUUCUAUCUCGACCUCCAAAAUGUCGACGGUCGCAGGUUUCUUGAUGAUCAGCAGGAGACUUUGAAGCUUAUGCAUCGGUUCUUUGAGUCGCCACUUGAAGUCAAGAACGAGUAUGGCCUCAUUGCACCUCACCUUGGAUACGAGCCUGUUGGAUCGCGCAACGGUGUUUUGGAGGAGAAGAGAGACGGAUACGAGAUGAUCAAGGUCUCCAGGGAUGAAAUUCAACGCGAAUCCCCACACAUCCCAAGCAAUAUUAAGAACAGUGGUGAUAUCAAGGUCCUCGAGAAUGCUAUUGCCGGGUCCAACAUCGUCACCAAGGCAAUUCUUUCAGGCCUGUCCACUGGUCUGGGACUCAGCGGCACCAAGCGAUUUGAACACAUCCACCGCAACCACCGCCCAUCCACUAGCACCCUGGCUAUGAUGCACUAUAUCCCAUCUGACCCCGCCAAAGAUAAUAACGUGGGACAUCAGAAGCACACCGAUAUUAGCUCCUUGACACUGCUUUUUGCCGAGGAGUGGGGUCUCCAGAUCCGACCUCCAGGGUCCAAGGAGUUCGGCUUCGUUGCACCGAGGCCAGGUACUGCCGUCAUCAAUGUCGGUGAUUCGCUUCGAUUUGCCAGUGGUCACACCAUGCAGUCUUGCAUUCACAGGGUCGUCCCACUCCACCCAGAGCAGCACCGUUACUCAAUUGCAUACUUUCUCCGUGCAGAGGACGAUACUCCCUUCAUCGACUCCGAGGGAAGACACAUCACUGCUGGCCAGUGGCACGAUGAAAAGUUCCAAGCUUUCAUUGCGUCUCCUCAGAUGCAAGCCAAAGCCCCAAGCACUUUGUUGCUUGGUGGCAUGACAGAGGCCGAUGAGACGGACCGCUAC